AUGCUCCUACAGCUGCGGAAACAGAUACAUGCUAAUAAUUUUUUUUCAGAUGCAUCCCACUGUGACAAGUGUCCAGAUGACCAUUAUUCCAAUAAGAACCGAGAUCAGUGUGUCCCCAAAAGUAUAAGCUUCUUAUCCUAUGAAGAAUUGUUGGGAUUCAUCCUGGCUUUCUUUGCCAUUGUUUUGUCCCUGAUCACUGCCUUUAUUCUGGGAACCUUCAUUAAAUACCGAGAAACUCCCAUAGUCAAAGCCAACAACUGUCAACUCACCUACAUCCUCCUGGUUUCACUCCUGCUUUCUUUCUUGACCUCUCUUCUAUUCAUUGGUCGUCCCAUAAAAAUGACUUGUUUUCUUCGACAAACCAUUUUCAGUAUUGUUUUCUCAGUUGCUGUAUCUUCUGUGCUGGCCAAGACGGUAAUGGUUGUGGUGGCCUUUCUGGCCAUAAAGCCAGGCAGCAGCAUGAGGAAAUGGCUGGGGAAGAGUCUGGCCAACUCUAUUGUCUUAUCCUGCUCUGGUAUUCAAGUAGGCAUCUGUAUGAUAUGGCUGGGAAUUUUCCCCCCAUUCCCAGAUUCUGACUUUCAUUCCCAACCAGGACAUAUCUUGUUGCAGUGCAAUGAAGGCUCGGUUGCCAUGUUCUACAGUGCCCUUGGCUACAUGGGUUUUCUGGCUGCCAUUUGCUUCUUGGUGGCAUUUCUGGCUCGAAAGCUUCCAGGGAGUUUCAAUGAAGCCAAACUGAUCACCUUCAGCAUGUUGGUUUUUUGUAGUGUAUGGAUCUCCUUUGUACCCACCUACUUGAGCUCCAAAGGGAAAUACAUG